UUUAGCCUUUUUUGUGGUUUAAUGGCCUUGCCUUAUUUUUUAAUUUCUGAUUUCUGUAUUUAGUAAUUGGCAUACUUGUAAUUUAAGUAUACUGAGCUCACAACUGGAUAACAGAAAUUUCUGUAAACUGGGGUUGUUUGUUGAGGUCCUCAAGGCUUCUGUUUGUUUCCACAGAAAAUAGUUCCUCGAAAAAUUUCCAGGAAUUUUUUUUUAUUAUUAUUUUUUUCCUCAAAGCUCCAUCCAUCAGGAUUUUUUACUGCUAUGGAACCUGGGGAAAUGAAACUUGUUAGGCCUCUCUUCAGUAGCCGUAGGUGUAAAAUAUGCGUUUAAGCCUGAAGUUUAUUUAUGCAGUUUUUUUCCUACUUGCCUUUUUAUUUUUCUAGUUUUUUCUCUUUCUUUCCUUUUUUUCUUUUUUCAAUAAGAAGAUCAUUUCCUGGAGAGAUAAGCAUAAAACAGUUGCUUCAGGAAGUACCCACUUGGUACCUGAGUGGUAGAUUUUCCUGUAGAUUAGCACAGGGCUUGAUAUGAUUUGGAAAAUUGUUUCCCACUACUUCAAAUUUUUUGCUAAAACUAAUGAAUUUUUCCAUCUAAAAAUUAGUUUGGUUUUUAUUAGGGAGUUAUUCUAAAAGUUUUUUCAGGAUCCCGUGAUGUUAACUUUUCCAUUGUUUUCCCUGACAUAUGCAAGAAAAUCAAGUUUUUUCGACCCAAAUUUUUACCAUCUGGGCCAAAGGGACAGAUUUAAGCGUUUGAGUAGCCGACAAUUGUACUUUACUCGGUUACUGCAAGACUAGAUUGUAUGAUCGUUGAUUAGGUGGAUGAGUGGAUAAGGAGUUGUUGAUUGAGACAGGAGGAAGUGAAUAUUAGGAGGGAAAGAAAAACCUUUUAUGGGCUAUAAUCUGAAGACGCCUUCUUGGGACUUAGCUGAAUUGCAGAAAGAAGGCAUACCCAGCGUUGCUCCCUUUCUUGGGUCGUCCAGUAGCUUAGGAGGAGGACAGGAGACUAAAGGGGAUUGCUUGGUGGAUUUGAAGCUUGGGAGGUUGAGUGAUUUGGGGGACGGGUCAGUGAACAGUUUUAAGAACUCUAUGAUGGAGUCAUCAUCGUCGGGGUCAGCAAAGAGGGCCAGGACACCAGGUCAUGGAACCCAAGUUGUUUCAUGCUUGGUUGAUGGGUGCAAAUCGGACCUCAGUAAAUGUAGGGAUUAUCACCGUCGCCAUAAAGUCUGUGAGCUCCACUCUAAAACCGCAAAGGUUACAAUUGGGGGUCAUGAACAACGGUUCUGCCAGCAGUGCAGCAGGUUUCAUUCCUUGGGUGAGUUUGAUGAAGGAAAAAGAAGCUGUAGGAAACGUCUUGAUGGACACAACCGUCGCAGAAGGAAGCCUCAGCCUGAACCAUUGUCCAUAACUUCUGGGAGGUUUCUCUCCAGUCACCAAGGUACUCGAUUGUUGGCAUUCAGUAACCCACAAGUAUUUCCUGCAAGUGCUGGUGUGACCUCUGCUUGGACUGGGAAUAUCAAAACCGAGAAUGAUGCUGUACUUUACAAUAGUCACCAACAGUUAAACUUCAUGGACAGACAAAACUCAUUCCCCGAAUCCUUCUCCAGAAGCUAUAGAGGAAAGCAGUUCCCAUUCUUGCAAGGCCCUAUUCCCACACUCCCUGGAACUUCUGUUUGUCAACCACUUCUUGAUCCCAGUUCUGCAUCUGGAAAUGGUAGCGGUGGCCAAAAAAUGUUCUCUGAUGGGCUAAAUCGAGUGAUCAGUUCUGAUCGUGCUCUCUCUCUUCUGUCAUCGCCGCCGCCUGAGACUCAGGAGAUUGGUUUGAGCAGGAUGGUGCAGCAAAACCCAAUCCCCCCAGCUCAAUCCUUGAUCCCCAGCCUGCACUAUACUGGUCUAAGCCAGUAUGCUUCCUCCCAAGGAAUGGGUGAGUCAGUCGGUUCUGUUUUGGUCUCUGAUGGUAGCAGCAAUGCCAACCUCCAUUGCCCUGCAAUUUUUCAGCUUGGACCUGAUGGCUCGUCUACCAACAGUCCUCAUCAAACGCUCUCGUUCUCUUGGGAGUAGUUUAUGCCACUAACAGUUCUCUUACAUUGUCAAAUGGGUUGGAAUUUUUUUGCCCCAUGAGGAAUAAAUCUAUUCCCUUGCUAAACAGUGGGAUUUCUGUGAUAUAGUUUUAAGUAAUGUACUCUCUCUCAGAAUUUAUCCCUCCUGAACUGUGGAAUUUCUCAGUUGACAAUGAAUUGGGGAGCAGGUUCUACUUAUAUAUAUAUAUCCUUUCCCUUUCUGGAUC